AUGAGCGUCUCACGGCCUGCAAGAUGUCUUUUCUCUCACCCUCCCAUCCCGACAGUGCGGCCACGCGUGCGCUGUCGGAAUUUCCACACCUCUCCCAACCUAUGCGAAAGACGAAGACCCAGGUUCCCCAAUAUCAAGGCUGCUGACAUGGGCCUCGUCGACAAGCCUAUGCCACCGCCUCAAGAACUGUUCAGAGCAUACUCGGAGGAAGAGAAAGCACUCCUGGCGAAGAAAUAUACACCCGAGCAGAUUCGAGCGAUUGAAGCCGGAGAGGCGGCCAUUCGUCCAGAGGACCUCGAUCGUCAAGGUGUCGUUCGGACUGAUGCUGGAACAUUACCAUAUCUCGAUGAUUUCAGACACUACCGAAAUGUGGUCGACAAGAGACCCCAAGAUGAAACGCCCGAAGAUCCCAAUACCAGGUUCAUGACCGAGGAGGAAUUAGGGCGGUCAUUCAGUGAUUAUUUCCACAAACUCGAUAAGGAGAAUCCACCACCGGUGAGGAAGCCUCCACAAGCUGGAGACCAACAGUUUAACCCCACUCGACUCAAUCUUUUGCGGGCAGACUACGAAGCACCAUCAUACAUGGGCACGAAUGGUCCUUUACCAGCCGGGCAAAGCCUGCUUGCGCCUGCUCUCCCGAAGGACUUCUCUUUAGAUGACACCCCAGCAGUCAAAAAGGAGGCGGCACAAGAAGAAGACGAUGAAAACGCGCGAGACCAGCUUGGGGUCUAUAAACAGCUGCGCAAACAGACAGGAUUGACCAUGGAUGAUAUCAUGAAACUUCGAGUAAAAACAUUGGUGAUAAACUAUGUCACCAACCAAACUCGACUGGGCAAGAUUCAGAGUGUGCUCGUCCUUGCAAUUGCUGGGAACGGGAAUGGCAGACUGGGCGUUGGCCAGGCCAAGGGGCAAGAAAUGGAAAACACUCUCAAUCUUGCUAGAAUUGCAGCUAUUCGCAACAUGCAGCCAGUUCCUCGAUAUGAGGACCGGACGGUCUAUGGGGAGGUGGAAGGAAAGGUGUCUGCUGUAAAAGUGCAACUUAUGGCAAGACCACCAGGAUUUGGCCUUCGCUGCCAACACAUCAUCUUCGAAAUGGCUCGAGCAGCUGGCAUCCACGACCUCGCCGCACGAGUACCACGAUCCCGCAACAAAAUGAACACCGUUAAAGCCGCAUACCAAGCAUUGAUGAAGCAAAGGAUACCAGACGAGGUUGCACGAGGACUGGGGAAGAAGCUUGUGGAUGUGCGGAAAGUGUAUUAUGGAGGUCGUGUAUAG